UCAUUCAUUCAGGUCUUCAGUGACUGGUGCGACAAGGACAGGUAAGGACUUCUUUUUCCAAAUGUUUUUGAUAGUUAUUAGAACACUGAAGAACAAUGUGGCUCUUUGAAAAGAUCAGGGACAGUAUUGAGAACAUUCCCUCUGAGCUGUGUCAUACCAUAGAACAAAGUAAGGAGUAUAUCUUUAAUUCUCGCAAGACCUGCAUGUCUCUUAAUGUGCACAGCAACAUCCUGACCCCGGACAAGAUCCCAGAGUUCUGCUUGCCUCCGAGGCUCUCAAGGAGAAACAUUUUGCAGGAAGCAGAAACACCCUCUUCUCACCUGCUCAGGAAAAACCAAGAACAAAGUACAUUCUUUAACAGCAUGCAGGUAAUGACAAAGGAUUCCAAAGUAAGGAAUAGCAAUGCAUUAAUGGCUUGUAAGGAUGUGAAGAGAGCUCUGCCAUUCUCUGCUGAGAGUUUUGGUCUGGCUGGAAUUUAUCAAAGUCCGAACACUCGAAGGAAGGAAUCUUUGUUCCACCCAAAGUUUCCUGCAUACACACUUAACAAAAAAAUUUCUCCUGCAGCACAAAAGGUGACAAGGGAGAGAAACCCACCCAAGAAUACGGUGGCUGGAUUUUUUUCUCUAACGUUAGGGAAAACCAUAUCAGAGACAGGAAGUACAGAAAACAAAACUCCUUCAUCCACAUCUUGCCCUGUGUUACCUGGUAGUCAGGAGGAGACUGGCGGAAUGAGGAGAGAGGUUGUCAGUUUACACACCUUUCCAAAUAACCCUCCCAGCUCGUUUGGAAGCUCACUAACACUGGCUCCAACUGUACUCUUCCCACUAGAUGUUCUUCGGUGCCAGGUGAGACUGCCUCGAGAGCAUGUCAUUCCCUUGCAGGGCCGAGGUAAAGUUAAACUCUCUGCUGAGAGCACCACCUUCUCCUCCAACACCAUCUUGUCCCUUUCUACUGUCAGAAUACGUCUAGUGUCUGUGGAGAGCCAUUGGAAUGACACUGAUCAAAAACCCCUGAACUGUGCACUGAUUCUGUGUUUGACACCAGGGAAGUUGCAGUUACAAAAGAGUGCCACCAUUAAGACCAGCCGCAACCCUGUGUUUAAUGAAGAUUUCUACUUCACGGCACUAAGUCGGGAGGAUCUGCUGGAACUUCAGCUUAGAGUGAAAAUAGUAGAUAAACUUGUCUCUGGAACAUUGAGGAGAAGGACAGUCAUCAGAGUAUUCACUAAACCAUUGUCUCAGUUACUUCAUCUACACAUAAAUUAAAUCAAUUUAGACAUGA